AUGACCGACGGGAAUACGCCUCAGGACUCAAUGCACUCGGUGAUGAGGUCAAGUGGAGAUAGCCCAGCGAGCUCCGGGAACGAGCCGUCCAUCUCUACACCAAUUGAAGAAGCGGCCGUUGUAGAGUCUGUCCCUGGGCCGCAUGAAAGGUUACAGGAUUCACUGAACGAGUUGGAUAAGGAGAUCGGCCGCGCACAGGGGUGGGGGGAAGUAAGAACGGCAACGAAGGAGAUUCAACGACUCGGCGCUAUGCUUCUGAAAGAGCAGAAGAAAUGUCGCAAAACGGCAGGGGAGUUGAGUAAAGCCACGAGAUGUAUUACGAUUCUCCAGGGCCGACUCAAUGACGUACGAAUGAAAUCAAGACGGGAGGCUGAAGAGUUUCGAAAGAUAUUAAGAGAGACGAUCAGGGAGCAGCGAGAGACACGACGGAGGUUUGUCGGGAUGAUUCGCGAAAAGAACAGAUCGAGUGCUGAAACUGCAUGCCGUCAUGCAAAGGUGCAGAAUGUAGUCACGGUCCUGAAGGGCACGAUUGAGACGUGGAAGAUGCUAAGGGGGGUACCUGUAGAAGAGCGGGCUCGCCUAUUGAACGCUCGUACGACGAUGCUGGAAGCUCGUAAUAGAGAUUCGCAACUGCAGUUCGAGAGGAUCCGACGCAGGGUCGAGGAAAUGGACGAUGAGUGGGAGGCACUCCUGAUAGAGGAAGAACCGAAGGAGGACGUGGUAGAAGAAGAGGUGUCGGAUAGUUGUUAA